UAAGUGUUUAAUAUAUUAAUUAUUCAAGUAAGGAUGCAAGAUAAACCGGACCAUUAAAAAACGCGCUUCGAGCUAACAUUACAGCUUUUCUGACUUCUGUUAACGAUUUUACCACAACCUGACUAGCCGAAGGCUAAUAAAACAUGUUUAGAACACACAGUUAAACGAAAAGGUGGUUGUUUUGAACAAUAACGUCUUUGUGUGUGGUUCCACCUGCUUGAAAGAGACACCAUGGAGAAAGAAACUCCUGCUAAAAAGGCAGCAGCCCCUUCUGUGUCUCAGAUCAACGCUGAACAUGUUACACAGUUGGCUAAUAAAUAUUGGGCUCCACACGUGAAGAACAAACUACCAUUUGAUCUAGUGGUGAUGGAAGACAUUUAUGACAAGGAGAUUCUCAAGUACAAGUUUGCCAUCAGAAAAAUUAUGCUGCUUGAGUUUAGCCAGUACCUUGAGAAUUACCUCUGGGUGAACUACACUCCCGAGGUGUCCAGCAAUGCCUUCCUGAUGUCCAUAUGUUGCAUUGUUAAUGAGAAGUUCAGAGAGAAUGUCCCAGCUUGGGAGGUGUUCAAGAAGGAGCCCAGCCAUUUCCCUUUCUUUUUUAAGUGUGUGAUGGAAGCUGUGCUGGCUGAUGACCAGGCUGGCCUGACUCUGAAGGAGCAAACUGUUUUGGUGGUUUUUUUGGACCACUGUUUCAACAGUAUGGAGGAGGAUUUGAUCAGACAGCAGGUGAAUCAGCUCAUCUCCUUGCCUAUGUGGAAGUGCCUCCUGCCAUCUAGACUCCAACAUGAGCUGAAGAAAGUUCCAAAGCUGCAGAAAUUCUGGAAUCUAAUUGAGAAACAAUUUGAUAAGAUGGAAGCUGACGCAGCUGAGCAGGCUAAAAAGGAGAGGACCUUCCUUUCGGCCCUCAUUAAAAAGUUUCUUGGUGUUCUAAUGUCCAUUGAGCCAUCAGGGUCUGUAAACAUGGACAAAGUACAUUACUGUGAGAGAUUCAUUGAACUUGUAAUUGAUUUGGAGGCCCUGCUGCCCACCAGGCGCUGGUUCAAUACAUUAUUGGAUGAUUCUCACUUGGUCGUCAGAUGCCACUUGUCCUGUCUCACCCACAGAGAGGAGGGACAUCUUUUCUGCCAGUUACUGGACAUGCUGAAGUUCUACACAGGGUUUGAGAUCAAUGACCAGACAGGCAAUGCCCUAACACAGAAGGAGAUGACCACCUUACACUAUGACAAAAUCACAUCCCUGCAGAGGGCAGCCUUUUCACAUUUUCCAGAGCUGAAUGACUUUGCCUUGUCCAAUGUAGCAGCAGUGGAUACUCGAGACUCCUUGACCAAACAAUUUGGGCAUCUCAGCCCCAACACUCUUCACCGGGUGGCCUCGUAUCUGUGUCUGUUACCAGAGCUGGCUGAAGGGCAGGGCACUACCUAUGAGAAGGAGGUUCUUCUGGAACUGCUGGUGUCCCGUCAUGAGCGCAGAAUCUCUCAGAUUGAGCAACUUAACCAGAUGCCACUUUAUCCAACAGAGAAGAUAAUCUGGGAUGAAAACAUCGUACCAACUGAGUACUACUCAGGCGAAGGCUGCCUUGCAUUGCCGAAGCUGAAUCUCCAGUUCCUCACGCUCCAUGACUAUCUGCUGAGAAACUUUAACCUUUUCCGAUUAGAGUCGACUUAUGAGAUCAGACAGGACAUAGAGGAUGUGGUGUGGCGAAUGAAACCAUGGCAAUCAGAAUAUGGUGGAGUGGUGUUUGGGGGCUGGGCCAGGAUGGCUCAGGUCAUCACCUCUUUUUCCAUUGUUGAAGUUGCAAAGCCCAACAUUGGAGAGAGUUGGCCUGCUCGUGUCCGAGCCGAUGUCACUGUUAAUCUCAACGUACAAGAUCAUAUCAAGCAGGAGUGGGAAGGGUUGCGGAAGCACGAUGUUUGCUUUCUCAUCACGGUGCGGCCGAACUUGCUUUACGGCACACGGUUUGACCGGCGCCAGCCCUUCGUGGAGCAAACCGGCCUGGUGUACGUGAGAGGCUGUGAAGUGCAGGGCAUGCUGGAUGGCGAGGGACGUGUCAUCGAGGAAGGACCUGAACCAAAGCCUAAGCUGCGCGGAGACUCCAGAACAUUCCGUGUGUGGUUGGACCCAAACCAGUACCAGCAGGACAUGACGAGCAGUAUUCAGAGUAGCACUGAGGACCCAUAUGAGACGUUCAACAUCAUUAUGAGGCGCAAACCCAAGGAGAACAAUUUCAAGGCAGUGCUAGAGACCAUUAGAAACCUGAUGAACACAGAGUGUGUUGUCCCCGAUUGGCUUCACGACAUCAUCCUGGGUUAUGGCGACCCAGGCAGUGCGCACUAUUCCAAAAUACCCAAUCAGAUCUCAGAAUUGGAUUUCAAUGACACCUUCCUGUCACUGGACCAUCUACGUUCUUGUUUCCCUGGUUACAGUAUAAAGGUCACAGAGUCUAAUCCUGAACUGCAGCAUCCCCCUUUCAGGAUCAAGUUUCCAGCGUCAAAUGGAACAGAUACGGGGAAGAAAAGAAAGGCUGUUGAUGAAAAGGAAGACAAAACCUUGAUCGUUGAGCCUUAUGUCACUCCUAACCGUGGACCAUAUCCCUACAACCAGCCGAAACGGAAUACUAUUCAGUUCACUCCUACUCAGAUUGAAGCUAUUCGAGCUGGGAUGCAGCCUGGACUUACCAUGGUUGUAGGGCCUCCAGGAACCGGAAAAACCGAUGUUGCUGUUCAGAUCAUCUCGAAUCUUUAUCAUAACUUUCCUGAGCAGAGGACCCUCAUAGUCACACAUUCAAACCAGGCUCUGAAUCAGCUGUUUGAAAAGAUCAUGGCUCUGGACAUUGAUGAGCGCCACCUUCUGCGUUUGGGCCAUGGAGAGGAGGAACUGGAAACCGAGAAAGACUUCAGCAGGUGAGGACAGCAGUUCAUAUGGGUCAACUACGUCCUGCACCGAAGGCUGGAACUCCUCAAAGAGGUGAGACGAUUACAGGAGAGCUUGGAUGUUCCUGGAGAUGUUUCCUAUACAUGUGAGACUGCUGGACACUUCUAUCUCUAUCAGGUGGUGUCUCGCUGGGAGGAGUACAUGAGUAAAGUCAGGCCUAAACAGUCCAAGACUGUGGAGGUGCAACCUGUAGCCAAACACUUUCCCUUCCACAAGUACUUUUCCAACGCGCGUCAGCCGGUGUUUAAGGGCCGGUUGUAUAAAGAAGACAUGGACAUCGCCGAGGGCUGUUACCGCCACAUCAAGAAAAUAUUUACACAGCUGGAGGAAUUCAGGGCUUUUGAAUUGCUGAGAAGUGGACUGGACCGCUCCAAAUACCUUCUGGUGAAAGAAGCUAAAAUUAUCGCUAUGACAUGUACACAUGCUGCACUUAAACGUCAUGACCUGGUGGAGCUGGGAUUUAAGUAUGACAAUAUCUUGAUGGAAGCAGCUCAGAUACUGGAGAUUGAAACCGUCAUCCCAAUUUCCCAUCAGAACCCAGAAGAUGGCUACAGCAGGUUGAAGCGUUGGAUCAUGAUUGGAGAUCACCACCAGUUGCCUCCUGUAAUCAAGAACAUGGCCUUUCAGAAGUACUCCAACAUGGAGCAGUCUCUCUUUACCCGAUUUGUGCGCCUGGGUGUGCCCACUGUAGAUCUAGAUGCACAAGGGCGUGCACGUGCCAGCCUUUGUAAUCUGUAUAAUUGGCGCUACAAAAACCUGGGGAACCUGCCUCAUGUCCAGCUCAUGCCUGAGUUCCAGGUGCCAAACCCUGGCCUCACCUUUGACUUCCAGCUGAUUAAUGUGGAGGACUUCAAUGGGGUGGGAGAGUCUGAGCCCAACCCAUACUUCUAUCAGAACCUGGGAGAAGCAGAGUACUCUGUAGCCCUGUACAUGUACAUGCGACUGUUGGGCUACCCAGCUGACCGCAUCAGCAUCCUGACCACAUACAACGGCCAAAAACACCUGAUCAGAGAUGUGAUUAACCAGCGGUGUGCUGGAAAUCCUUUCUUCGGCCAACCCAAUAAGAUCACUUCAGUGGACAGAUUCCAGGGUCAGCAGAAUGACUACAUCAUCCUCUCAUUGGUUCGCACCAAAGCUGUGGGACACCUGAGGGAUGUGAGGCGUCUGGUGGUAGCCAUGUCUAGGGCCAGGCUGGGUCUGUACAUCUUUGCUAGAGUGUCGCUGUUCCAGAACUGCUUCGAGCUGACUCCCGUCUUCAACCAGCUCACUGCCAGGCCCCUGCAGCUGCAUAUCAGACCACACGAGUACUACAACCAGGAGCAGCCUAGAGAUCCUUCUGGUCAGCCAGACCAAAUCGUGAAGAGCAUGCCAGAGAUGGCCAACUUGGUUUAUAGUAUGUACAUGCACAUGAUCCAGACCUCCCAGAAGUACAGACAGCAGCAGCAGAAAUUGGCUCAACCCCCACAACAGGCCAAAGCAGAUACUGUUGUCCAGAAAGCAGCAGCUGACGAGCCACAGGAGGAAACCCCCAUGGAGCAGGAAAACUCAGACGUCCAGGCAAAUUCCAAAGACACCAGUGAGAAGGAAGCAAAUCAGGAGACAAAGGAUCAUGCUAUGAUGCCAGAACAUCCUGGCAGGGACAGCGACAGCAGCGGGGAGGACAGUGGUGACGAGCAACAAAAAUAAUCCUCAUCUGGGACAACUGUCUCAUUCAGGUUAUUGAAGGGACUCAGUGGACUUUCACUUAAGAAAACAUUAGCGUUUCCCUUAGUGAUGAGGACUUAAUGAGGAAAUGAGAUUUGGUAACAGUGUUUCAUUGAACUGAGUUUGUAAGCUUUAUUACUUUUUUAUUAAAAAGACUAGAAAUCU